AUGAAGGCCUCGACAGCUGCGGCCAUCUUGGCCUUCUGCGCCAACACCGCCCUGAGCGCUCCAGUUCAGGCACGCGAUGCUCAGCCAGAGCCUGCCUUAUACCUCGACCUUCCUGACCUGCAAACAUCUGUCGAGCUCGAGAAGCGAGAUGCCGACCCAGAGGCAUUCUUGACCUUCAAGAACACUAUUGGAAAGCUUGGCAAGAUUUUCGACCGCGAUGCCGAAGCUGAAGCCGACCCAGAGGCACGAUUUGCGCACAGGGGCGGACGACUCCGAACCUCGUGGGGCACCCGCGACCUCGCCGCCGUUGAGGCCCGCGACGCCGAAGCCGAAGCCGACCCAGAGGCACGGUUCGCGCACAGGGGCGGACGACUCCGAACCUCGUGGGGCACCCGCGACCUCGCCGCCGUUGAGGCCCGCGACGCCGAAGCCGACCCCGAGGCAUUCACCACCUUUAGAAACACUAUUUCGAGGCUCGGAAAGGUGUUUGACCGCGAUCUUGCGACUAUUGAGGCCCGCGAUGCUGAGGCGGACCCAGAGGCGUUCACCACUUUCAGAAACACCAUUUCGAGGCUUGGAAAAGUGUUCGACCGCGAUGUAGCCAUCCAGGCCCGUGAGGCCGACCCAGAGGCAUUCCUCACCUUUAAGAACACCAUUGGCAAGCUCGGAAAGAUCUUCGACCGCGACCUUUCUGCUAUCGAGGCCCGUGACCCAGAGGCAUUCACCACCUUCAGAAACACUAUCUCGAGGCUCGGAAAGGUGUUUGACCGCGACCUUGCGGCUGUAGAGGCCCGCGACGCUGACCCAGAGGCAUUCACCACCUUCAGAAACACUAUCUCGAGGCUUGGAAAGGUGUUUGACCGCGAUGUAGCCAUCGAGGCCCGCGACGCCGACCCAGAGGCAUUCCUUACCUUCAAGAACACUAUUGGCAAGCUUGGAAAGAUCUUCGACCGCGACCUCUCUGCCAUCGAGGCCCGUGACCCCGAGGCAUUCACCACCUUUAGAAACACUAUUUCGAGGCUCGGAAAGGUGUUUGACCGCGACCUUACGGCUAUUGAGGCCCGCGACGCCGACCCAGAGGCAUUCACCACCUUCAGAAACACUAUCUCCAGGCUUGGAAAGGUGUUUGAUCGCGAUCUUACGGAUGUUGAGGCCCGCAACGCCGAUCCAGAGGCAUUCCUCACCUUCAAGAACACCAUUGGCAAGCUUGGAAAGAUCUUCGACCGCGAUGUCGCUGACAUCGAGGCCCGUGACCCAGAGGCCAGCGUCGCAGGAGCCAUUUCGAGGCUCUCAAAUGCGUUGGGGAGCUCGCGUCCUGUGCUGGAGCCUGGAGUACACGUCACCCGCGAUGCCAGCCCAGAGCCGUUCAACAGCUACAGACAGCGCAUUGCGACGCUCUCCAAGGCGUUGGAGCGCGAUCUUUCUGGGUUGGAGGCCCGUGACGCUAGCCCAGAAGAUGACAUCGAGUUCGUCCUCUACGACGACAGCAUCGAGGCUCCUGAGAAGCGCGAUGCCGCCCCAGAGCCACUCGACAUGCGCUGGUUUGGUAGAUUUAUCGGUAAGGUCUUCGCGGUGAACACCAAGCGCGAGGCUGAGGUGCCUGCACCAGAGCUGCUUCCUAAGAAUGCAAAGCUCGGGUUCAUCAUGGGCGGCAAGCUGUACGGCAUUGAGGAGGAGGUCGAGGCAUGAGCUUGGCUCAGUGACUGGCCGCCCGAGGGACUUGGUCGGGUAAAAUUUGGUCCGUUUUUCCUUGGAUGACUCUUGUUUUGGGUUGCGGAACUAUCAUCUCACUCGUUCCUGGUUGUUUGGGAUUUGAUUUUAUGGCAGGUAGCAUAGCAUGGAAGCAUAGCAUGGAGGCGCAGCAUGGGAGCAUAGCAUGGGAGCAUCAAUCGGUGGCAUGGCGCUGAUAGAAAAACCUAUUCGUUUUUCCUUUUGAUUUCCAUGUGCCACCUUGUGCCAGUAUUACCAGUAUUCGCUAUUCGCUAGAGGAUCGUAAGUAGUCCUUAGGUCGAGAUAUGUUCCAUGACCGAUCAAGCUCCAAGUGCAACAUUCAGCACCAACGCACUGGAAUUUGGCUGGGAUGUAGGCCAGUCCACUGAAGCUCUCCUGACGACAUAGAUGUGUGCAUUACCCAGAAGAAUCAAUAAUCCUCUCUUUUGAGGCUACUGUCCAUUGACCUUGGCCAUCUCACAUCAUUCGGCGGACACGG